AGCGCCACAUGAGAAAUCGAAACUAAUGUGGACUUGUUCUCAAGGAGCUGUGGUGAGCCUACCUAUUACCAAUUUCUUCGAAAAAUGGCUGAAGCCAUGGCAGGUAACCAGGCCAUUUUCAUGUGUCCUAUUUGUUUGGAUCUUCUGAAAGAUCCAGUUGGUCUUGCUUGUGGACACAAUUACUGUUUGGGCUGUAUUGAGGACUGCUGGAAUGAGGAAGACGUGAAGGGCAUUUACAGCUGUCCCCAGUGCAGAAAGACGUUCACUCAAAGACCCGAUUUAAGCAAGAAUGUUAUUAUUGCUGAGCUCGUGGAUCAAAUGAGGAAGAGCAGAAUACAAACUGCAGCUCCUGUUGAAUGUGCUGCUGGACCUGGAGAUGUGGCCUGCGACGUCUGCACCAGUAGAAAACUCAAAGCUGUCAAGUCCUGUCUGGAGUGUCUGAAGUCGUACUGUGCCACUCACCUAAAAGCUCACAAUGAACUUAUAGAUGGAAACCACACCAUUACCGAUGCCACGGGCCAACUACAGGAGAGGAUCUGUCCCAGUCAUAAGAAGGUUUUUGAAAUAUUCUGUCGCACCGACCAGAGUUACAUCUGCUAUCUGUGUACGAUGGACGAUCAUAAAGGUCACGACACAAUCACAGCGAAGGCAGAGUGGAGUCAUAAAAAGGAGGGGUUGGGGCAGAGCCAGAGGAGAUGCCAUCAGAUAAUCCAGUUGAAGGAGAAGGAGCUGCAGGAGCUGAGGAAGGCUGUGGAGACUCUCAAGUCUGGUGCACAGACAGCAGUGGAGGAGAGUGAGAGGAUGUUUACUGAGAUGACCCGCUCCAUUGAGAAAAGGUGCUCUGAGGUGACAGAGCUGAUCAGAGCUCAGGAGAAGGCUGAGGUGAGUCGAGCUGAAGGACUUCUGAAGCGACUGGAGCAGGAGAUUGCUGAACUGAAGAGGACAGAUGCUGAGAUGAAGCAGCUCUCACUGGCUCAGGAUCCCAUCCACUUCCUCAAGAAUAUUGUGUCCAUCAAUGCGAGGCCUUACAGCACAAUUUCAACCAACGUGACCUUCAGCCAAAACUUCUCCUUGGAGCCCCUGAAGAAAUCUGUGUCUGCACUGAAGAUGCAGCUGGAGGAGAAAUUAGAAUCAGUCUUCAUGCAGGAAAUAGUCAAGAUAUCUGCAGCAGCUGUGAAGAACAUUCAGAUCAUCGAGAGCAUACAGCAUACUGAUCCUGAACUCCCAGUCAGAAGAACAAGCAGCAAGCAGGGCCUGCAACCACUUAGAGAUGCUGCCCUUGAUGGCCAGGCUCUUAUUGCUGAACCAGUGACUAGAGAGGACUUCUUACAGUAUUCCUGUCACUUCACUCUGGAUCCAAACACAUCACACACAGGCCUCCAUCUGUCUGAGGGGAACAGGAGGGUGGAGUGGAGACGUGGGGCUCGUCAGUCAUAUCCUGAUCACCCAGACAGAUUUGAUUGGUGGUAUCAGGUGCUGUGUAGAGAGGGUGUGUCUGCACGCUGCUACUGGGAGGUUAGGUGGAGUGGUGAGGGGGUUGGUAUAGCAGUGUCAUAUAAAAGCAUCAGCAGGAAAGGAAGCGGUGAUGAGUGUUGGUUUGGACGUAAUGAUCAGUCCUGGAGGCUGUACCUCAACCACUCCAGCUGCUCUUUCCAUCACAAUAAGAAAGAGACUAAACUCCCUCUAGUGGCCAGCUCCAGAAUAGGAGUGUAUGUGGAUCACAGGGCAGGAACUCUGGCCUUCUACAGCAUCUCUGGAGACACAAUGACCCUCCUGCACAGAGUCCACACCACAUUCUCACACACACUCUACCCUGGGUUUGGGAUAUAUAGUUUCUCCAUUCCAUCUAUCAGUGAAGCUGUUUGUGAUCAGCCCCAGACCACUGUCACCUGA